UGUUAGACCGAAGAAGAAGCAGAGGAAGGGACACCAUGGCCGCUGCGGUGGGACGAGUGGCCCUCAGGUGGCCCCUGGCUGUCGGAAGGGCCCGCUGCCUCACGGCCUCCUGCCGACGGAUGAGCUCCGAACCCAGAGAGGAGCUGAAGGUCCGCAACCUGGAUGGAGAAGAUUCUGGAAUCGUGGUGGUUGGGAUAAAUCGACCAAAGGCCAAAAACUCCAUCAGCAGGAACCUGGUCCAUCUGAUGUUUGAUGCUAUGGAGGACAUAAAGAAGAAUAACAAAGUUCGGAGCGUUAUUUUAUGCAGUUUAGUUCCUGGUAUCUUCUGUGCAGGUGCCGAUCUGAAGGAGAGGGCAAAGAUGGCUCCCAGUGAGGUGGGACCAUUUGUUUCAAGAGCCAGGGCCCUCAUCACCGAGCUGGGUAAUCUCACCGUACCAACGAUUGCUGCCAUAGAUGGAGCUGCUUUAGGGGGGGGGCUGGAAAUGGCCCUAGCCUGUGACAUCAGAAUCGCUUCCAGCAGUGCAAAAAUGGGGCUCGUUGAGACAAAGCUUGCGAUUAUUCCAGGAGCAGGGGGAACACAGCGUCUUCCCAGAGCCAUCGGCGUGUCUCUAGCCAAGGAGCUGAUCUUCACGGGCCGAGUCGUGGAUGGAAAGGAGGCGUUCCGCCUGGGGCUGGUCAAUCAUUCGGUAGAGCAGAACGAGCGUGGAGACGCGGCCUACCUCCAUGCUCUCCAGCUGGCUCGUGAGAUCAACCCUCAGGGACCGAUUGCAGUACGGAUGGCAAAGCUGGCAAUUAACCAGGGAAUAGAGGUGGAUUUAUCCACAGGUCUGGCCAUCGAAGAGGCGUGCUACGCUCAGGUGAUACCAACCAAAGACCGCCUGGAAGGUCUGGCUGCUUUCAAGGAGAAGAGGCGUCCUCAUUUCAAGGGGGAAUGAACCACGUUUGUUCCCUGAACCACAGCUUUGGACCCCGGACCUGUUUGCCUGCAGACGCAGCAGAGCUGGGAGCCUGCGGCGCCUCGCUGACACGUUAGCCGCUUAGCUUCCAGGGACACCUGUGUGCAGCCAACCCCAUCAUCGCCACAUCCAGCGGAUUUGGUUGCAUGCUGAGGACCUGAGAAUACUGACGAGUCCUGACCCUGCCUAGCCCUUCUAGUCCCGAGUCCUGACCCAGCCUAAUCAUUCUGGUCCCGAGUCCUGACCCAGCCUAACUCUUCUAGUCCCGAGUCCUGACCCAGCCUAACUCUUCUAGUCCAGAGUCCUGACCCAGCCUAACCCUUCUAGUCCCAAGUCCUGACCCAGCCUAGCCCUUCUAGUCCC